ACAAGGUGGAGAAUCUCGCUCCUGGGGAUGUCACUUCUUCUGUGCCUCAGUCUCGACAGAGCUCAGACCAACAAGGAAGGAUGUUGAUGGUCGUGACUGUGCUGCUGCUCCUCCACCGAGCCCGGAGCGAGGAGAUUAUGAUGUCUGAGAAGCAGACUGUGAGACCUGGUGGUGAAGUCACUUUGACUUGUGAGCGCAGUGUUAUGACUAACUUAGUAUGGAUCCGACUGGGGCUGGACCAGACUCUGCAAGCUUUCGGGAAAUCUGUUUCUUCUUAUGUAAUGCCUUCUAACAUGAAAACUACAUUUGAAAAGGACACAUCCUCCUUCCAUCUUUCUCAUGUGAGAGAAGAAGAUUCUGCAGUUUUCUUCUGUGUGGAAAUAAUUCAACGAAAAUGGACUUUUCUGAAGCGUGUGGAGCUGAUGGUGGCAGAUGUGUCCAAACCAGUCCAUCCAGGAGCCUCAAGUCCUCCUCCUCGCUCAACACUGGAGGAUUUAACCUCCUGUUUUCCACCUGGAAAGUUUCCAUCUGGACCUGCUUCAGUUUACACUGAAGGGAAUCAUGAGUAUGAGUGUGGAGAUGAGCGCGAGGGACAGUCCUCCAGCACAUGUGUCUACAGCUUCUUCAUGAACACCAGCCUGUCUGAGGGAGGAUUACGCUCUGUCACCUCAUGUGGAGACAGGUCUGAGGCUGGAGCUGCAGGCUCAAACGUGUCGACUAACAACCUCCUUUAUGUCGGAGCGGCUGCUGCUCUGACUGUGGUCCUGAUUGUUGCUUGUUUGAUCCACCAACCCAAAAACCUGGUUGAUCUGCAAACACAAACUAGCGACGGUCUCCAGGCUCCCUUGAGCCAUGAACACUCAGUGAUGUGUUACACAGCCGUCUGCAGUGAGGAGAAGGCAGGAGGAGAGAGAGCAGCGUGCAGGAGGAGGAGGAGUCAGAACCUGUCACACUGAGCCUCACUGAGCUUCCUGUCUCAUCUGUGUCCCACAUUCACACUUCUUAUCUGUCUCACCCUCUGAAACACUUCAGUUUCAACAAUAACUUCACUCUGAAUAGUCUCUUCUUCUUUGAACAAAUGAGCGCAUGAAGACAAAAUGAUCCUCCCGCAGGUUCAGAAUUGUUUCACUUUCAUAUGUGAGUCUUAGGUGAGAAACUAGAU